AUGAAUCAUUCUUUAGAGAAUGUUUUAAAUGCUUUUUUGAUAAUACAUCAUAAAUGUGUGGAUACUAGUGUCCUUUAUAUGACAGAAAGUGAAAAAAAAUAAUCAUCAAAAAUUUAGUUUAUAAAUAUUAAAAUUUAAGUAAAUAAAUUUAUUAAAAUUAAUAGGACACACAUAAUUCAAAUAAAGAUGCUAAAAUUGCAUUUUCUUUGGCUAAGUUGAGCAUUGAAAUUAUGGAUCAUAUUCUUAAUAUUCUAUUUACAUAAUAAUAAACGAAUACUCCUGAUGUCUUAAUUUAACUUAAAAAUUUGGGACGCAUACAUUUAAUUGAAUCAAAAUUGGAAGUAGAAUUUCUAUUAAAAUAUGAUAUUGAUUUUGAAGAUAAAGAUUAAAUCACUGAUGAAUAAAGUUAUUAUCUUUAAUAUAUUUAUAGAUGAAAAGAAUGGUUGAAUUACUUUAAUAAAGAAAUACUAAUGCAAUCAAUCCAAAAUUAAUAUUUGAAUAAAUAUAGUAUAACUUUGAAGAAUUUUAAUCAUCCUUUUAGACCAUAAAUAAUUUAGCACCUUCUUAAACAAGUAAUUUGUUUAAGUAAUUUUUAAGUAUUUAAAUGGUCAAUAGGAGGACAUUAGCAAUAAUUUAUGUUUAUUAUAAAAUGA